AUGGAUCCGGAUCAUCCUAUCGAUGUCGAUAUGUUAUCAUCGGAAUCAAGUGAUGCUAGCGACAAUGACCAUGAAUUGAUAGAGAGGCAGAAAUACAAAUGCAAAUAUUGUCCCAAAAAGUUCUCUAAAACACAAGCAUUGGGUGGUCACCAAAAUGCUCACAAGAAGAAGCGAAAGAUCAUGAACCAGCCAUAUCCAAAUCCGUACCCAUAUCUGCAAUCUACAUUUUUCCCAAGAUUUGAACAAUCGGGUUACACCGUUGUUGAACCGGAUAACUUAACUGUGGUCGACAAUCAAAAUGACGGAAUUGACCAAAGUUGGACCGUUGGAGAGAACCAAUACCAAUCCGUCAUGGAUCCACCUCAACUCUAUUUGUUCCCAACGUCACCACCACCAACACCACCCUCACCAGUGUGUUUAGACCUUUGUCUUGGUGUUGGAAAUAGCUCACAAGUCCAAACUCAACCACAAGAACCUAGCGAAGAUGACCCUUUGCUUUCUCUUUCACUUAAACUUUGAAUUUGUAAUGUUGCGAUUUGAAUAAUUUUUUAAACCGAUGGAUUGUUUUUAAUUUAUUUUGAAUUCUAUCUUUAUUUAUCGAAAUUGUUAUUUUUGUUUUCCAUUUCCAACACCAUCCAUACAUUGUUUCUAAUAUGUUUUGAAUUCUGUCUUUAUUUUAUCAAACUAAUUAUUUUGAUUUCCAUUUCCAAACACCAUCCAUAUAUGGUAUCAAAUCCAAAUGUGUUGACUUCAAAAAGUAUAAGAAAGUUGAUUAGUCCUAAAUAUACAGAAACCAACACCUCAAGGGCUUGAAUUAUUUUUCCGUUACCAUCUGCAAAUACAGUUUUUAAAGUUAGUAGCGGGUGACAACGUUUCAAAAUAAUCAUACAAACCGUUACAAAUCGUUUCAAACCGCUCAGAACCUCUUAAAAUCAAAAAGAUGGUUUCAU